GGGGCGGAGGGGCGGCUGCGGGGAGGGAAGCGGGAAGAACGCAGCACUUCCGCUAGCCGCUAGCUCACUGGCUGCUCCCAGAGGCGCCGGCGGGAGCGGAGGGCGCGUGCGGCCCGGGGACUAGCAUUCCCCGGCCCCCUCCGCCCCACGCCGCCUAGACCAUGGACGCCAGGUGGUGGGCAGUGGUGGUGUUAGCUGCGCUCCCCUCCCUGGGGGCAGGCGGGGAGACUCCUGAAGCCCCUCCAGAGUCCUGGACCCAGCUGUGGUUCUUCAGGUUUCUGGUGAAUGCUGCCGGCUAUGCCAGCUUUAUGGUACCUGGCUACCUCCUGGUGCAAUACUUCAGGCGGAAGAACUACCUGGAGACAGGAAGGGGUCUCUGCUUUCCCUUGGUGAAAGCCUGUGUGUUUGGCAAUGAGCCCAAGGCCUCUGAGGAGGGUCCUCUGGCUCCUCGGACAGAGACAUCAGAGACCACUCCCAUGUGGCAGGCCCUGAAGCUACUCUUCUGUGCUGUGGGGCUCCAGGUGUCUUACCUGACUUGGGGUGUGCUACAGGAAAGAGUGAUGACCCGCAGUUACGGAGCCACAGCCACAUCACCAGGCGAGCACUUCACAGACUCACAGUUCCUGGUGCUAAUGAACCGAGUACUGGCACUAAUUGUGGCAGGCUUUGCCUGCAUCCUCUGCAAGCAACCCCGGCAUGGGGCACCCAUGUACCGGUAUUCCUUUGCCAGCCUGUCAAAUGUGCUUAGCAGCUGGUGCCAAUACGAAGCUCUCAAAUUUGUCAGCUUCCCCACCCAGGUGCUGGCCAAGGCCUCUAAGGUGAUACCUGUCAUGCUGAUGGGAAAGCUGGUGUCUCGCCGCAGCUAUGAACAUUGGGAAUACCUAACAGCUGGCCUCAUUUCCAUUGGGGUCAGCAUGUUUCUGCUGUCCAGCGGACCAGAGCCCCGCAGCUCCCCAGCCACCACACUCUCAGGCCUAAUCUUAUUGGCAGGCUACAUUGCUUUUGACAGCUUCACGUCGAACUGGCAGGAUGCCCUAUUUGCCUAUAAGAUGUCAUCUGUGCAGAUGAUGUUUGGGGUCAAUUUCUUCUCCUGCCUCUUCACAGUAGGCUCACUGCUAGAGCAGGGGGCCCUCCUGGAGGGGACACACUUCAUGGGACGACACAGCGAGUUUGCUGCCCAUGCUCUGCUUCUCUCAGUCUGCUCCGCAUGUGGGCAGCUCUUCAUCUUCUACACCAUUGGGCAGUUUGGGGCAGCUGCUUUCACCAUCAUCAUGACUUUACGCCAGGCCUUUGCCAUCCUUCUUUCCUGCCUUCUCUAUGGCCACACAGUCACUGUGGUGGGAGGGCUAGGGGUGGCUGUGGUCUUCACAGCCCUCCUGCUUCGAGUCUAUGCCCGGGGACGUCUGAAGCAGAGAGGAAAGAAAGCUGUGCCUAAUGAAUCCCCUGUGCAGAAGGUGUGAGGAGAGCGGGACUGAAGGGUAUAAAAGAUCCUCACCAUGCUGGUAUUCCUCUCCUACUGUAACUCAUCAGAUGCUGGUUCCAGGGCAAAAUGCAGGUGUUUUCUCAGUAUCAGACCAGCUUUAUAGCUGUGGGUGCCAGGAGGCAGCCUUCCCCUUUUGCCUUAAGCCACCCAUCCUCCCCUGGGCAGUCUUCCCAAGCCCCAGGGUUGACAGUCCUUGGUGUAGGUGGGGUGGAGGCUGCAGAGGGGAGAGGUGCCUUGCACAGCUCCUCUCCUUCAGGUUUUCCUUAAGACUUGCCCUGGCUGUUGGCUCUGCCACCUUUCAUUCUCCCUCCUCUGCAGAUACCUGUACUUCUUACUCCAGUGAGAAAAGCACAAAUGGUGUAGGCUCCAAAUGCUGCUUUCCCAGGAGGGUAAAAGAUGGUGCUGUGCUAAGGAAGGGGGAAUAGAGCCCAGCCCGGCAACACCACCCCAUGUUCCUGGAUCCUUAGGCUCUGCUGUGAGCCAGUUGCAGGUUUUGGUACUUUGGAAAUGUAACUUUUUGCUCUUAUAAUUUUAUUUUAUUAAAUUAAUUGCCGCAAUGGA